AUGACUAAUUUAAAAGAUAAAAAUUCAGACUCAAUUAAUGAUGCUCCAGUUGAAAAGAUCAUUACAAAUGGAACUAAUUUUCAAGCUUUCAAAGGAAUAUUCAUUGAAUAUUUUGAAGAAAGUUCAAUUCAUGGAUUUCGAUAUAUUGGAGAACAAAAACGUCCAACUUUCGAUAGAAUUGUUUGGAUAUUAGCUGUCAUUAUUUCUAUUUCAAUGUGUUGCUACCUAAUUAACAAUCUUGUGGACCAACGCAACAACAAUCCAGUCAUUGUUACUUUCAACGAUAAACUAACACCUGUUUGGGAAAUUCCAUUUCCAACAGUGACAAUUUGCUCGGAGACUAAAAUUCACAUGAAAGUUUUAAAUUACACAAAAGUUUAUAUAAAACUGGGAUUAUUGAAAGAUAUUACAAAAGAGGAGGAAUACCUCUGGGAUGGAGUCGCACAAACAUGCGUUUUAAGUUCCCUUUCCUUUCAUGAAGAAAAGCUUUUAGCAAAUUCAUCAGACUUGAUCAAAGCUAUGUCAAUUGCAGCACCAACAUUCAACGAGACUCUUCAUAAAUGCUAUUGGAGAAAUGAAUUUUUCAAUUGUGAAGAGAUAUUUGAUAGUGUUUUAACUGACGAAGGAAUUUGCUUUUCAUUUAAUUCACUUAAAUCUGAACAUUAUCGGACAGAAUUGUACAACGCUCGCAAAAAAGAUUUUAUCGGUUUCGAAUAUGACAAUGUUGAAGAUUUAGAUUGGAAUUUAGAAAAUGGUUACAACCAACAAGCUGAUGAAAAGACUUUUCCUGUUCGUGUUAUUGGACCUGGAGACAAAGAAAGCCUUGUUUUAUCCUUGAGAGAUAGAAAAGAAGACGAAGAACAAUUAUGUAGAAAUUCUGUUCGUGGUUUCAAAAUAAUUCUUCAUACGCCAGGUGAAGAUCCACAAGUGUGGAAGAAUUUUAUUAAUGUUCCCUUAGAUCAAUCGGUUUCGUUAACAAUCAAACCGAAAAUUAUGACCUCUGAAGAUUUAAGGCAUUAUUCCCCAGAAAGACGCCAAUGCUAUUAUCAGAAUGAACGGUAUUUGAGGUAUUUCAAAGUCUACACUCAGGCUAAUUGUGAAUCGGAAUGGCUGGCAAAUAUGACUCUAUCAGAAUGUGGAUGUGUCAAAUUUUCAAUGCCAAGAAAUUCAUCUCAUCCAAUUUGUGGAUAUCACAAACUUACAUGUGUUGAUUCGGUCAUGUACACAAGCAAAGAAUGGACAAUUAAUUAUGAAAAAUAUUUAAAUGCUUAUAAUUGUUUACCAACUUGUAUAAGUAUUGAAUACAAAGCCGAGCUCGAACAUCAAGUUCCAAUAAACUAUGCUCAGAUAGAGGAAUCAGAUGAGGGUUUUUUAAACAAGGACAAUUCGAGCUAUCGAAUAACUAAAAUUACAUUAAAAUUCAAAGAAGACAACUUUAAUGGCUUGAAGAGAUCCGAAUUGUAUAGUAUGUCAGAUUUUAUUGCAAAUUGUGGAGGAUUGCUGGGACUUUUUAUGGGUGUUUCGAUUUUGAGUUUGGUGGAAUUGGUAUACUUUUUGACAUUGAGAUUAUUGACGAAUUUGAAAAACAGAAGAAUAAUAUAACAGGAGAGGAACAAGAGAAAUACUUUAGCUGAUUCAGGUCACGUAAAGAUUUUGAAUGGACAGACAAAAAAUCUUCAAAAUAGUCAGUU